AUGCCUCGUUCGCGACCCGCGACAACAGGCUAUGAACGCCUCGCGCAGGCCGACGACUUCAGCGACGACUCUGAUGAGGAUCCUCUCGCCCAAUCCUACGCAUCUCUCCAACCAGCAGCCGCUUCGCGAUAUGGCCCUGUUUCGCAGCCGCGCCAUCGAUCUGGCAUGGCCAGUCCCAAGUCUCUGACCUCAUCUUCUCAACCCAAAUUCCGUCACCGCUCAGGAAGUAGCGCCGGCGUCGACCUAAAGGCUAUCAAUGCUCGGCUUGAGCGGUGGGCCGACGAGAUUGCGUCGCGCUUCAAGCGCAAGGGCAAGAACCAGCAAGGCGAAGAGGAACGUCUUGAAAUACACUAUUCUGUCUUUCAGCCUCCCGAGGGUAUCCGACCUGUAACUGCCGAAAGUACUGCUGUACCACACGAGGGUGUCAUGUCAAAAGCGGAGUUUGAGACCAUUGUAGAGAGUGUUCGAAGUGCUAUUCGGCAAGAAGUUCAUCCCAGCAUGAUCUCACAGGGUAGUUCCGGUAGUUACUUUGCUCGAAAUCCAGACGGCAAGAUCGUGGGUGUUUUCAAGCCCAAAGAUGAGGAGCCUUAUGCCGCAGGAAAUCCCAAAUGGAACAAGUGGAUUCACAGAAACCUCUUUCCAUGCUGUUUUGGGCGAGCUUGUCUUAUUCCUAACCUUUCGUAUGUCAGCGAAGCAGCUGCAUAUGUGCUCGAUUGCCAACUAAGAACGCACCUCGUUCCGUACACCGAUGUUGUUUGGCUUGCCUCCAAGUCUUUCCACUAUCCCUUCUGGGAUCGCCGCAAAUUCCAUCGCAAGAAGACACCUCUCCCAGCUAAACCGGGCAGUUUCCAGGUUUUCCUUAAGGGGUUCAAGGACGCCAAUGUUUUCCUCCGAGAGCAUCCUUGGCCCGAUCAGUACUGGUCGGGCUUCCGAACAAACGAUAAUCAGAAUAAAAAGAAGAAGAGGUGGACCGAGAGUUGCCGCCCUUCCGGAAAUGCCACUCCAAAUGAUGGUUACAACAGCGAUGACGAAGAAGCUGCCCAAGGCGCAAACCUCUUGGGUCCUGAUAAUUUCAUUUGGACCGAGAACCUCAAAGAGUCGUUACGAGAGGAACUUGAAAAACUAGUCAUUCUCGACUACAUAAUGCGAAACACAGAUCGAGGAUUGGAUAACUGGAUGAUCAAGGUCGAUUGGGAGACAGGCAAAGCCUCAAUAGCUUCUGAUCCCAUUCAGUUGAACAUGGAGCCAGUCGCGGAAGAGGAGGGACCUCGACCUGUUGACCUCUCACAACAAGGCCCUCGCGCUACGAGAGCAUCAUAUCCUUAUAAGACACAGCGACCGAUGAGUGCUUCGAGUCGAAAACAUGUAGGAAACGAGCCGGCCAUCACCGUUGGUGCCAUCGAUAACUCGUUAUCAUGGCCCUGGAAGCACCCUGAUGCUUGGAGAAGUUUCCCCUUUGGCUGGCUUUUCCUGCCUGUCGAUCUUAUCGGGCGUCCAUUCUCCCAAAAGACAAGAGAUCACUUCCUUCCUCUACUAACAUCUACCUCAUGGUGGACGCAAACAGUGCUCUCGUUGAAGAGAGUGUUCCAGAUGGAUUGUGAUUUCCAGGAGCGCAUGUUUGCGAAGCAGGUCGCCGUCAUGAAGGGUCAGGCCUGGAAUGUCGUUGAGACACUCAAGACUCCAGACCAUGGCCCCCUUGAACUUACCCGCAGAGCACGAGUUUGCGUCUGGGACGAUUUGGUCGAUGUGCCUGUUGCAGUUCCUAUGCGUAACACGUCUUCAGAAGUCCGCCGCAACCCCCACGUUCGUCAAUCUAUGGACGAGGCCGACAUUGCGAGCUCAGCUCCUGCUAGUAACCCUCCAAUCGAGGAUCUUCUUGGCCUCGCCAGUGCGCCCGCAGACAUGCCUCACCCAGGUCGGUUCGAGCUCUCAUCUCCGACCGAGGAGACAGUCCCAUCAUUAGGCGAGCAACCGUCCGGUGAAACCAAUUUCCUGGCAUCAACAGGGCUGCAGCAACAUAGCGGGGACGUGACUGAGCGUCCAGCCGCUCGGCCAGCUGGUGUUAGGAACAGUUACCAAGGACCAGUCCGCGCACUCAACAUGUAUGAGCCCGCACGCCAGCAUACAUCGCGGCAACAACGGAGAUAUUCAUUUGCUAACGCCGCUGCUCGUCAUAACAGCAACUCUAUCGCACAGCAGUACUACGGUGACACUGAACACUACACGGACGAUCUCGAAGGUGAUCUGGGAUAUGCUGCAGCCGAGGGGCAGAUGGGCAACCAACGCAAGGUCAUUGUUGAACGACUCGAAGCGGUCAAAAGUAGGAACCCUGUUUUUGAGUGCUGGUGA